GCUAACAGGCAGCUGGGAGGGAUUAGGUGACAUCCGCUCACUUGCCAGCCUCUGCCUUUUAAACCAUGCAUAAUCCCUGUACUUGACGGCUUUAAGAAUUAUAAUGAACUUCAGGAAGCCCCCCAAACUGAAGUGGAUUUAAAUGGACUUGAAGCAUCAAUCCUCCUUAGCACAGUGACACCCAGGGACUAGAGCAGUUCCCUACCAGUUCACAGCUGGCUCUCUCUUGGAGGUUUAUAUAUAAUGCACAGACUGGAAAGGUCUGCAGCUCGCCUCUAGCUGUGACCACAGUCCGUCUCCCCUCUCUCACAAGUUCAAUGAGAAGGAAGCCUUCUGUCUGCACUCAGUGCCAAGCUACUGACCUGAUCUUCUGCACUCCCCAUUCUUGCAUUUUUACGCGCACAGGAAAGACCCCCGGAUUAUAUCAUUAUAAAGCAGCUCAGCCAGACACCCAAAGCAGCUGCUGAAUUUUUCAUUGGUGCCACACAACAGGAUGCCCCGGCGCACACUAGGCAAGUGAACAGCAGAAAGUCGCAGCCACUUCUUCCUGCGGAUGCCGGCGGCUUGGGAAGUGACCUUGCCCUGAGUGCCCUGGCAUGGUACCCUGAGAGCCCCCGGACAUGUGGCCGUCUGGAGCUAGCAGCAGGUUCCCCUGCUCCCGGGACUCGGCGCUGCGGAAGGCGGCUUUCUCCGGGAACCUGUCGGCUCUUCCCUCUCACCUCAUCCCGACGGGCAGAAGCGUCCGGGUGUUUAUCAGUGCCAACCCUGAAGAUACAGAAGCAGAAAGAAAUGAACUGAGGGAGCAUGUGUAUCCGAAGCUGAGAGAAUUCUGCAGAGAAAACUAUGGAAUGGAGUUUCAGGUUAUAGAUUUAUACUGGGGGAUACCUGAAGAGGAUUGGGAUAGCCCUGAUCUCCAGAAGACUCGCAUGAGACUCUUGGAAGAAUGCUUGAAGACAUCUGCUGGUCCAUGUUUUGUUGGUUUGCUUGGAGAGAAAUAUGGAACCAUCCGCAUCCCUGGGGAGGUUGAAUCCUCGGAAUUUGAAAUGAUUCUGGAUGCGGCAAUCGAAGCCAAGCUGGAGACAAGGACCUUAGAGGAAUGGUACUGCAGGGAUGAAAAUGCAGUGCCCCCCGCUUAUUACCUCAGGCCAAAAUCAGAAAUGCUGAAGAACCACCACAAUCCUGGGGACUCUACUACUGGUUCUGCAAACGAGAAGACAUGGCGCACCGUAGCGGAAGAGAUAAAGCAUAUAUUCAGUACUUCUGUUAAACUGCUUCAAGAGAAAGGAAAACUGAAAAACAACCAAGUAAAGAGAUAUUUAUCUUCUGCUUUGGAGGAUGAGUUUGACUUUGCUCUGGGGAAACAAACGGCAGCAUUCCUAAAGAAGUGCGUCUGCUACAUUCGGAAAAUCUCCAACAUCGAGCGGCACGUCAAGAUUCCAGAGAUGGCAAGGUACACCGAUGUCAUCAAAGUGGAAAAUAAGUACAUCCGAGACCCAGAAGCUCUGGAGAAGUUAGCAAAGCUCAGGGAUGAAUUCAUUCCAACAAUCGUUGCCUCUUCUAACUUGCGCGUCUAUACGUCUGUGACACAUUGUGACAUGAAGUUGGGAUAUUCCCAGGAGGUGGAAAAUCACUAUGUUGAUGGACUCGGGAAGCAGUUUUACGAAGACAUGAUCGAUAUCAUUCAGGCUACAGUUCAGCAGAAUUUUGAAACUGAGACUGAUCCACUUUAUGAUGAGAUCUUGCAGCACUUAUCUCUAUGUAAAACAUACGCAUCCUUUUAUGAGUACAGAUGUGAAGCUCUAAACUUAGUGAAUAAAUACCUGCGACCUUGCAGAUCAGGACACAUUUACCCUCUGAUUAUUUAUGGAGGUCCAUGCACUGGAAAAACCCUUUUACUAGCAGAAGUAGCAAAAAAGGCCUGUUCAUGGCUUCAGGAAGAAAUGGGACCAGAUUCAGAUCCUGUAGUCAUUGUAAGAUUUUUAGGGUCAACCGACAUGAGUUCUGCAUUAAACUGUCUGCUGCAAAGCAUAUGUGAACAACUGGCAGUGAAUUACCGAUGUUUACUACAGAGUCGUCCAAAGAAGAUUCUGAACCUCCAUGAGCUCUUUCUGAAUUUGUUAAAUGAGUCUUCAUUUCACAGACCCCUCGUCAUCAUAUUAGAUGGUGUGGAACAGCUUUCAGACAGCGACGAUGCAAGGAAACUUUGGUGGCUGCCAGUUCAUCUCCCCCGCACAGUUCGCAUCAUCAUAUCAACACUGCCAAACAAACAUGGAAUCCUCCAAAAAUUACGGUGCCUUAUACACAAUGAGGAUAGUUACAUUGAACUCAUCCCUAGGGACAAAAAAAUGUGCAGCCAAAUACUCAAGCAUCAGCUACUCAGAGUCAAACGAAAAGUAACAUCAGGGCAACAAAUUUAUGUCAAUGAAGCCUUUUCAAAGUGUACUCUGCCAAUGUUUGUAAAUCUAACAUUUAGAGAAGUCAGGAACUGGAGAUCUCAUAAAGAUGUUGAUGGUUCAACUCUUUGUGUUACUGUCCAUAGGAACAUAGAGCAGCUAUUCUGGUCUCUUGAAAACAAAUGUGGACCAAGGUUUGUUUCAAGGGCUCUUGGCUACAUUACAAUGGCAACAACAGGGCUUAGUGAGGUAGAAUUAGAGGACAUCUUAGCACUUGAUAACACUGUAAUGAGUGAAGUAUUGUCUAACAUGAAACCAUAUAUUCCAUUAAGAAUACCAUAUAUAAUGAUUGCCCAACUAAAGGAAGACCUUACUGGAUAUCUUGUAGAGAGACAGGUCAGAAAUGUUACCCUUUUGGUUUGGGCAAAUAGACACCUGCAACUUGUUGCUCAGAAGUUCUAUCUACAGAAUGCUGAUGAUUUACAAGAGAUGCACAGCAACAUGGCAGAAUAUUUUUUGGGUGUUUGGGCAGGUGGCAUAAAGAAACCUUUUUACAAUGAGCCUCAAUAUUUUGAAAACUGCAUUCGCAAAGAAACUAGAAGCAUUUUAGAUGAGAACAAGCAUUACAAUGAACAAACUUCGUUUGAUAGGCAACCACCAGAGCAACCUUGGGCAUUCCAGUGCAACCCCUUAGAGCCUGAUAUUUUUUUUGUCAACCAUAGAAAAAUGACAGAAUUGUUGCAUCACCUGACAAGAAGUGGAAUGAUGGAGGAGCUGAUGACUGGUAUUACUAUGAACUUUAGUUGGCUUUACACAAUGAUCAAAAUAGGUCAGUUUGAAAGGGCUCUAAGCGAUAUUGCAGUAGCUUAUAACUACUCGCAACAAAAAGAACUGAAGUUUCUUGCAAGCACCCUUCAAAGCAUAAAACAUAAAAUAUUAAAAAAUCCAGGGUCACUUUCUGCUGAAUUGCAACAAAUCCUUCUGCCAGUUGUAAGUUCCUUGCCUAAGUUUCGCAACCUUCUCGUACAAUGUGACAAAGACGGCCCUAAAUACUGUUCUAUUGUGCCCCUACAUUCUUCCAUGGAUGUAACAUACAGCCCAGAAAGAAUUUCCUUGUCCACUAGUUCAUUGCAUGUCAUGGAGAUUCUUCCAACCUAUAGCCCAAGUAUAAUUAUUACUGCACUUGAAAAUGGUUCUAUUAGCACGUGGGAUGUGGAAUCGAGGCAGCUUCUCAGACAAAUCACAACAACCCAGUUUGUAAUUAUAGGUAUGAAACUUACAGCAGAUGAAAAAUAUCUUGUUGUAUCUACAACCAACAACACCCUAUUAAUCUAUGACAACCUAAAUUCAUGCCUUUUGGCCGAAGUAGAAAUUAAAGGUUCAAAGCACAGUGGGCUUAGCGGAGGAUCCAGUGUUAUCCAUGGCUUUACAUUGUCAAACACACAUGCUCUUGGUUGGCUGGAAUCAAGCAAAAAUGUCAAUGUCAUUGAUUUGCUUUAUGGGUGGCCUCUGUAUAACUUCCACUGCUGGUAUGAAGUCACUUGUAUACAGUGUUCUUCUGAUGGAAUAUAUGCCUUUUGUGGGCAGUACCUCAAUACUACUACUAUUUUUCAUUUAGGAACUGGAGAAAAGCUAUGUACAGUAACAUCCGAGUUUUCUGGUGGUUUUGUGAAAUCUAUCCUUGUUCUUGAAACAAGUCAAGAAAUGGUUAUGAUUGACAAUGAAGGUAGCCUUUCUGUUUGGAGCACUGAGGACAUAACAAAUCCCCAACUAACUGAAGAGUUUGAUUGUACAAAAGAGGACAGUGAAGUGGUCAGCAUUGAGCUUUCUGAAGACCAAAGUGCAAUCCUUAUCUGCAAAGCAUCAAGCAUUGAACUUCUUGACACACGUAUGUGGAAGGUCUCCGAGAAGUUUCGGGCUAAGCAUAAUGAACGAUUCAUAUCAGCUGUGCUCUCCAAAAAUUGCGACUGUAUAAUUGCUUCCAUGGAAAAUACCUCAUCUGUUUUUGUUUGGCGUAGAGACACCGGUCAGUGUAUGGCGAGUUUACAAGAAAUCUCAGGAAACAUAGUAAAAUUAGUGAAAUCGAGCCAUCAUAACUUACUUCUGUCACUGACUGUCAGUGGUGUUCUUUCCAUUUGGGAUAUUGAUAUUUUAACAGCGAUGUCUAAUAUUGACAAAACCGGAAGAGCCGUUCACAAGGUUAUAUUGUCAAACCGAGGAGACUAUAUAUACUCACUGGAUGGAUCGGAAUCCGUACAGAAGUGGAAUUUUAACACUGGUUUUAUUGAGUCCUCCUUUAAGCAUGAAAGUAUUGUUGAAAAUUGUGUGCUUACAACGACAGGCGACCUAAUGGUCACAUCAGACGAAAAAUGUGGCCAGUAUGUAUGGCACACUGGCACAGGAGAAAAUCUCUUCCGAAUCUGUGGGCAAAGAAUAUCCCAGCUACUGAUUACCCAUAAUGACCAGUUUAUAGUCUCUCUCUGUGAACAAAAUGCAUCCAGGGUGUGGAGGUUAGCAACAGGACAUAAAGUUUGUAAUAUCCUAGCUGCCUUAAAGAAUGCACUUAUAACAACUGCAAAUACAUUUUUGGUUGGCAUGACCCAGAACAAACUCUUAGCUGUAAGUUUAUGGACAGGAAGCAUAACAAAAAAAUUCUGUUGUGAUGAUGGAGCAACAAUUGUGAGUUUUAGAUUAAUCCCCGAUUGUCCAGAUUUUGUUGUUUUUCUUACAUCUGCUGAAGCUGUGAAUAUCUGGAGCCUUGCAGAAGAAGCGAUUUGUCGGAGAGUUCAGCUUCCAUGUAAUUUUCUGAAACAUCUUGAAGAUUUUGAUAUUUCCCCAAAUGGAAAGCUAGGCAUCAUCACGCACGGUGAUGAGAAAUUUAAUGUCCUGGAUUUGCACAGUGGCAAACUUCGGAUUGUUCAUGCAUCAGGGGUGAUAUGGAAGCAGAGCUUGUCCUGCGAUGGACGCUACCUUGUCUACAUUGGAUUCCGCGGUGAAGAUGAUGAGGAUAAUUCUGUCUCCAGCUUAAUAGUGAUGAGGCUUGCAGAUGGGAAAAAUAUUGGUGCUUGUUCAUUAUAUAAAACUCCAACCUUUUUGGCUUUAUCACAGAGGCACCUCAACAUUAUUGUUGGAUUUGAUGAUGGGAGCCUGGGCACUUACACGGUUGUGGACCGUGUUGAUGCCACGUUGAAAAUCAAAAUCGCCACUUCAAACAGCAGGCAAAUCUUCAACAACAAGACGCAUAUAUACAGACCUAAGUGCAAUAACUAUACUUUUAAAAUCACACCUGACUGCCUAUGGAGAGAAUCUACUGAAGUGUUUGCCAGAGAUAGUCCAAUCACAGUUUCUGACUCUGGAGAAGGGACAGAUACAACUCCAACCAAAAAACAUAACUUUUGUUAUGAGAAAAUGUGUGCUGCCAUUGACUGUAGAGGACAGAGCUUUGCUGCUAACAACUGAUAACACAUUGGAGUGCUAAUUAUGAAAGAAUGUUUACAUAUCAUUGAGCUGUAAGUAGAUAAGGCUUCUGUUGGGUUGGACUCGGUUGAAUUUUAAUAUCUCUGGAAACAUUAGUAACAGUGUUUUUAAUAAUAGGCAAAAGAUUAAGAUCUUGGUCCAAGAAUUAAACAGGGGGGGUAUGGGUAACACAAUGAGCAAUAUUUUGGUAGUCAUGCCAAGCUGAACAUUUCUAAGAAAUGUCUACUUAGCAGUAACAGGACUAUAUGUGUGACUGUAUGAUACCUUAUCUGUGUAUGGUCUCAGUAGUCUCCAGCAUAAUACACAAACUACUAAUACUGCGUGCACUGUACCAAAAUCUAUUCCAGUCCAUCUCCUUUUUCCUCGGGUUAUUCUUUCAUGCAAUUUGAUAUUUGCAAAUUCCAAGUGUAGCUUUCCAACUGUUGUACAUGUAUACCUCCCAGCACUGUCUGCCAUUCACAUCUUGUUGGCUUGGAAAAAAAAAAUGUUGGGUGUAGUUGUCCAGUAAUUUCUGGACUGCUACAGGCUGCUUGUUUCUACUAAAAGCAACUGUCUAGCUAAUAUACAUAGGAAAAUGUAGCUUGUAUCUCUCAACAUAUGGUAAACAACAAGUCUCUUAAGAGCUAUGACACACUUAGGGGCUAAUUCAUCAAUGAUAAAAUUCGAUUUUUUACCACAAUUUGCAUUUUUUGGCACUAACACUCAUGAAUUUAAAUUAUGGUUCCCAAAACUUGAAUGUUCGAUAUUUAUAAGCGCAAAAAUAUUUUGAAAAACUAAAAUGUAAAACUUUUGCAUCUAAAAGUUUGUAGACCCAUUAAAAAUCAUGAUUAAACUGCAAAUUUCAUGCAUUCAAGUUUUUUUUUUUGUUUUUUUAAUCAAGCUAUUAAGAUGCAAAUUUUUAAAUAAAUA